CGCCGCGAUGGACGCGCUCAAGUCGGCGGGCCGCGCCCUGCUGCGGAGCCCCAGCGUCGCCAAGCCGCCCUGGGCCGGCGGCCGCCACAAGAAGCUCCCGGAGAAUUGGACGGAUACCCGUGAGACGCUGCUGGAGGGGAUGCUCUUCAGGCUCAAGUACAUGGGCAUGACGCUGGUGGAGCAGCCCAAGGGAGAAGAGCUCUCUGCGGCUGCUGUCAAAAGAAUCGUAGCCACGGCUAAGGCAAGUGGAAAGAAGCUGCAGAAAGUUACUCUGAAAGUCUCUCCCAGAGGGAUCGUGUUAAAUGACAGUGGAACUAACGAGCUGAUAGAAAACAUCUCCAUAUACAGGAUAUCCUACUGCACGGCAGACAAGAUCCACGAUAAAGUGUUUGCCUACAUUGCCCAGAACCAGCUCAAUGAGAACCUGGAGUGCCAUGCCUUCCUCUGUACCAAACGGAAAAUGGCCCAAGCAGUCACCCUAACGGUAGCUCAGGCGUUCAAAAUAGCAUUUGAGUUCUGGCAAGCAUCCAAGGAAGAGAAAGAGAAGCGAGAAAGGUCCAUCUUGGAAGGAGAAGGUGCGAACGGCCCGAAGUCUGAAGCUCCUGCCUGCCCUGAAGCACCAGUGGCCACAGGGAACUUGCUGGAUUUAGAAGAUCCUGCCAAAUUGCCCCUGACUGGCAGUGCAAACUCCACGCAUUUAGAUAACAGCAUGUUUGGGCCCAGCUCCUCUGUAAAUAACAACGUAGUGUGGGAAAUGGAUGAUGGUCUCGACGAAGCAUUUUCAAGACUUGCUCAGUCGAGGACAAACCCUCAUGUUCUUGACACAGGACUGACGGCUCAAGACAUCCAGAGCGCAGAAAUGCUCUCACCUGUAGACUGGAACAAAAUAGAUUCAAAUACAGGCGAGAAAGAUGAUCUGUUCAUGUUUUGAGGUCAGAUGCAUCCAACAGUUCACAACAGAAUAACCACUAAAUGUUUAUGGACUGAAUUCAUGCUGUUUUGGGUGCUGUAUGCAAGGAGCUCUUCUGAGGGGAUUCUUCACCAAGUCAGAUGAUAUUACAGCACAGUUUAGACCAAAGCUUUAGAAAUCUACUGCAGAUGUUUUUUUUUAAUCUUGCUCUUAUCUAAACAAUGAGAUGCUCUUCAACAUAUUUAUUUGUAGCCAUCACAGUUUACGUAUGUUAUUGGAAGGUGUGUAGAGCAUCGACGGUAUUAGAUGGCAAUAUACCAGUGGAAUAACCUUCAGCAGUGCCUGUUCCUCUCUGAAAAAGACUAUGCAACACCAAAGUCUCUGUGUAUAUAUAUUUCUAGACAAAGUUCUGCAGAUGCAAAUGUGACUGCAAGCACAACUGUUACUAAUCCACUGUUUCUUGAACAACACAUCACCUGCCUAGGCUGAGAGGAGGAGAUUUGCAGCCGCUGCUGACUGUUAAAAUCAAAGCAGUAGCAGAGAUCUUGCUUUUGUUGUGAAUGUCUGUGAUACUCUCACAGUUGUCAGUCAUCCAUAUGUGUUCUGGUCUUUUCUUUGCCAGCUUCAUAUGGCAACUGACAUUUUUUUACCCAAAGACUCUAUGAAGUUUUGCACUUUAAAACUUGAACUGAAAGCAAUGGUCCAAAAUGUCAAGGUAAGCAGUGUCUGUAACUUCUCUUCAGAAGCUGUUUACCCCCAAAAAAACCGCAGCAAUGCUGCAGGUCUGUUUCAAAACUGACUACUCACAUGCACUGGUUCUGCUGCGAUUUGAAAUACUAAGGCUCAGUUGCAUUGCUGGCUUUAGUAGCAAAAACACCAGGGAGUAACAAUUUGAUUUCCUAGGGCAUGUUGAAAGUUGCAGGUUGGGCGAAUCCCCUAGCGCAAUAGAUCUGUGUUCUUAGCUCUGCUAAGUGGAUUUGGCUGUGCAUGCCUUUUUACUGUCUCAAAACCAUUUGGUAGUUGCCCACUCAAUAGACACAAAUGGAAUUAGAUUAGGCAAGACCAAUACCUGUAUGUUCAGUUAGCGAAUCGUGCCCCUUUCGGUGGUGGUCUGGUACUCGUCCUCCCGAUAGCCCCGGCGCCUGUGAGGGAUGGAAAGCUGUCUUCAUUUACUCCUGGAGCUGAAAAUAAAUAAUGGAGGUAUAAAGCUUAUGCUAAUUAAAAGAUUAAGUUUAAUGAUCCUAAAUAGUUGCACUGACAGUUUGCAGUGUUUGCGGCCUUAUAUGAGAUAUACUAAUCUGUUUUAUAGAUUUGUAACUUGGUUUUGAAACACUAAUUUGUUCCCCUGGUAGUUCUUUAUAACUUUUAAAAUUGUAUGCAAAAAAAAAGAAACCUUUUUGUCAGCUGUAAGAAUUUAUUAGGAAACAGCUGAGUGACUCUAACUUAGAUUUGAUUUUUUUCUCUAAGUGUUAUUGUGAUAAGGUGUUGAGGACUGGUGAAGCUGACUCAUCAUGUCUCCUAAUAAAAUGUGUGCACCAUUUAGCUUGCAAAAUUGUGUUUAAAGCAAUUUUAGAUCUUUAAACUGCUGUGCCCAUGACUUAUUUGAUCUCAUGUGCAGCAUCAGUCUCUUGCAGUUAAAGGAAUUAUUCAAAGUUUGUCCAUGCUACUUAGGCACACACUAGAGACAUGAACCUACUGCAUAAGCAACGCCUAAACAACAUAGAAGUGGUUGUAAUAAGCAACUUGUUCUGACUCCUUGGAGAGUAGUGAUCUUUCUAAGAAAGAACUUGUGCUGCAGGAAUGGACCAUGAGGAUUUCUCUGUACAUUGAUCUUUCUCCUUUUCUAGAGAAGCUAGGAGUAUAUACUGAAAUGCACAGUACUAUAUAUGUAUGUACAUAGUUUUGAGGGUUUUUUUAAGAAAACGUUAUGCUGUAAAGAAUAUAUGUAUUGAGGAAAAUAAAACUUUUACCAUUUUGGAA